UUUGUUCUGUGGGUAAGCGUGGGAACAAGAGUUUGUUAAAAACUAGGAGCGCAGGCUGCGACUUCUAGUUGGUUGCUUCUUGUCUGGAUAGUACUGUAUGUGUCAUUAGUGUAAACCACCUGAGUUCAUACUUCACAUCAUCCACAUCACAGCAAGAAUGACGUCAUCACCUGCCCCCAACCAGUGCAGUGAGGCAUUGACAGCUGGCAGAAAGCUGGCUCAGCCACUUGAUGGUGAUGAGAUAGUCAUCACAGGAUUGGCUGGAUUCUUUCCGGACUCAGCCAAUGUCCGCGACUUUCAAGAAAAAUUGUUCGAUAAAGUCGAUCUUAUCUCGGACGAUGACCGUCGUUGGAAACUUGAACAUCCGGAAAUUCCUCAAAGAACAGGAAAACUCCUAGAAAUACGAAAAUUCGAUGCUGCAUUUUUUGGAGUUCAUUUCAAACAAGCCCAUGUUAUGGAUCCAAUGUGCAGAAUGCUUCUCGAGAAAGCAUUUGAAGCAGUUUUAGAUGCAGGUAUCAAUCCAAGAAGUUUGCGUGGAAGCAGAACGGGUGUAUUCGUUGGAGCAUGCUUCAGUGAAUCAGAAAAAACUUGGUUCUACGAAAAGUUGCAGGUAGAUGGAUUUGGUAUCACAGGAUGCUCAAGAGCCAUGUUGGCCAACAGAAUCUCUUAUUGGUUCGGAAUCAAUGGCCCAAGUUACACAGUUGAUUCUGCUUGUUCAUCUAGUUUGUACGCUCUUGAACAUGCUUACAAGUCGAUUAGAUAUGGGCAUUGCGAUAGCGCCAUUGUGGGAGGCUGCAAUCUUUGUCUUCAUCCUUAUGUUUCGCUGCAAUUCGCCCGCUUAGGAGUGUUAUCAACUGAUGGUAGAUGCAAAUCUUUUGAUGAAGGAGCCAACGGAUACUGCCGAUCGGAGGCAAUAACAGUCGUCUACUUGCAGAAGAAAAAGGAUGCCAAAAGAAUCUAUGCCACGGUUGUUCAUGCUAAAACCAACUGCGAUGGAUACAAAGAGCAGGGUAUAACCUUUCCCUCCGGACCACUGCAGCAAAGGCUGCUCGAGGAAUUUUAUGAAGAAUGCCAGGUGAAUCCAAGCUCUUUGGCUUGGGUGGAAGCUCAUGGAACCGGUACAAAGGUGGGAGAUCCAGAAGAAGUGAAGGCGUUGGAAAAUGUGUUCUGUGUUGGAAGAAAAGAACCGCUGCUCAUUGGAUCAGUGAAAUCAAAUAUCGGUCAUGCUGAGCCGGCUUCCGGACUUUGUUCGAUAAUAAAAGUAGCAAUCGCUAUGGAAACCGGCUUCAUACCUCCAAAUAUCAACUUCAAACAGCCUCGCAAAGAUAUUGAAGCUUUUCAUAACGGAAAAAUCAGCGUUAUAACAGAGAAAACACCCUGGAACGGAGGGAUGGUUGGUAUCAAUUCAUUCGGUUUUGGUGGAGCCAACUGCCACGUUUUACUCAAAUGGAAUAAUAGUCAAAAGAAGAACGGUGGAGCACCAAAAGAUGAUGUUCCAAGACUGGUUCCAGCUUCAGGAAGAACCGAAAUUGCAGUAGACAGGAUGCUCAGUGAUGUCGAAUCUCGUCCAGUCGAUGUUGAGUAUGUCAAAUUAUUCCACGAAAUCCACAAGCAUGACAUUGCAGGUCAUAUCUAUCGAGGUUUUACUCUGGCCAACAACAAUAAUUUAUUGAAAAGGGACAUUCAGUACUACACAGGUGAGAAAAGGCAAGUGUGGUUCAUUUUCUCAGGUAUGGGCUCACAGUGGCCAAGUAUGGGCAUGGGUCUCAUGAAGAUACCAACUUUCGCAAAUACCAUCAACAAAUUGCAUGACAUUCUGAAGCCUAAGGGAGUGAAUCUCAUCGAUAUCAUUGUCAACCCAGACCCGAAAACAUUCGAUAAUAUUCUGAACUCAUUCGUGGGAAUAGCUGCUAUUCAGAUUGGUCUGGUCGAUGUUCUUUUCUCGAUUGGAGUGAGACCAGAUCGCAUAAUCGGUCAUUCGGUGGGUGAGCUUGGUUGCGCCUACGCCGAUGGCUGCUUCACUGCGGAGCAAAUGAUUCUUGCUGCCUACUACAGAGGUCUGGCCUCUGUAGAAACCGAGUUCAUCAAGGGAGCUAUGGCUGCAGUCGGAAUGGGUUAUAAUGACGUGAGAGACCGCUGCCCUGCUGGCAUUGAGGUUGCUUGCCACAAUGGACCUGACAGCUGUACGAUUUCAGGUCCCGCAGACCUCAUCAAGAGCUUUGUCAGUGAACUGCAUGAGAAGAAUGUGUUUGCUAGAGAAGUCAAUGUGUCCAACAUCGCUUAUCACAGUAAAUAUAUCGCUAAGGCCGGACCAAAACUGUUGAAAUAUCUCCAGAAGGUAAUUCCAAGCCCAAAACCAAGGUCUAGCAAAUGGGUGAGUACCUCGGUCAGAGAAUCAGAAUGGGGAAAGCCUCUUGCCAAGACUUCUUCAGCCGAAUAUCACACCAACAACCUUCUAAACCCUGUUCUUUUCGAGGAGGGUUGCAGACACAUUCCGAAUGGAGCCAUCACCAUUGAGAUAGCUCCUCAUGCAUUGCUUCAGCCUAUUUUGAGGAGGUCUCUCGGUCAACAGUGCUCCCACGUUGCAUUGACUCAGAAAGGCAACGUUGAAGACAAUGUUCUACUCAUGGGUCUCGGAAAAUUGUUUGUGCUGGGAUUAAAUCCGGAAUACUCAAAACUCUACGAAGAAGUAUUAUUGCCAGUAUCUCGAGGUACACCCAUGAUCUCACCACUAGUAAGCUGGGAGCAUUCAGAAGAUUGGUAUGUUGCAUCAUACCGCAUGCAGGAAAAAAUCAAAUCAGGAGAGCGAUUAAUCAAUGUUUCUUUGGCUGAUGAUGAGAUGGAGUUCAUCUCUGGCCAUAUCAUUGAUGGGAGGAAUCUAUUUCCUGCAACGGGAUAUUUGACACUUGUUUGGGAGACAUUAGGAAUGAUGAGAGGCGAACUUUACACUGAGGUUCCGGUUGUUUUCGAGAAUGUUCGUUUCAUCAGAGCCACCAAUAUUCCUAAAGAAGGAAAUGUUGAUUUCCUAGUGAUGGUGCAGAAGGGCAGUGGAAAUUUCGAAGUAGUCCAGGGAGGCACAGCCAUCGUGUCUGGUAGAGUCUAUGUACCAGAAGACAUCAACGAAGAAAUGAUCGAUUUGAAGCCUGUCGAGCUAUCGAAGGAAAUCCAAGAGCUUCCACGUCUGUCAUCCAGGGACAUCUACAAGGAGCUUCGUCUGAGAGGAUACCAUUACAAGGGACUGUUCAAGAGCAUGAUUUCAACUGACAACUUGGGUGCAACAGGAAAAAUUGCAUGGCAUAACAACUGGGUUGCAUUCAUGGACAACAUGCUUCAGCUGCAAAUUCUACAGGAAGACACUAGAGGACUGUUUGUUCCCACAUCUAUCAGGAAGCUUUCAAUCAAUGUCAAGAAACACGUUCAGGAUUUGUUCAGUUUACCUGAAGAAGAGAAAGAACUUGCAGUUUAUAUGUACAAGGAUAUCGGAGUGAUCAAGUCAGGUGGUGUAGAAAUACAAGGCCUGAAGGCUAGUGCAAUAGCAAGGAAGAAAGCAACUGCUGAGCCAGUGCUUGAAAAAUACCAGUUUGUUCCUCACGUAAACAACGAGAAAUCAGAUAUCAACGAUAUUGUCAGAAUUUGCGUUCACCUCGUUCUGGAAAACGUACCCAGCCAGAAAGUAAAGACAGCUGAAGUUUUGGAACCAUCUGUAGAGUCCAACACACCUGUGCUGACACCUAUUAUCAACAAGACCUUGGGAGAUCUCCCCCUUAUACAGGCGGAUAACAGCAUUCUCUCAGAUGUGAACAACCCACUUUUGGCUGAUUUGAGCUCAGAAAUUCUAAUCGAAGACAAGAAACUCACUCCGGAUCAGACUCUUCUUCUUCUGGUCAUUUCGAAUGUCCUCUCUGCACAUCGUCAUCAAGCUUUGAAAGCUGCUUUAGCAAGUGUAAAGGAAUCAGCAUUUAUUUUGGCAAGAGAGGAUUGCAAGACUACACCAGUUAUACCAGCUGAAUUAAAACUUUGCGCUGUCUUCCAAACUGAAAAUGAAAAAUUAUACCUCAUUCGAAAGGUUCAAAAGGUUGAGAGCGCUCCAGUGAUCAUCAAUAUCCCAGAAGAUAAUUUCUCAUGGCUUCCAAUUUUAAAAGCUGCAGUCAAGGCAGAGGAUGUGCCUUCAGAUCAGAGGAUAAUUGUGUAUGCCCAGAACGAGCCUUUCAACGGUAUAAUAGGAUUGGUCAAUUGUUUGAGAAGAGAGGGAUCUGGCGAAAAAAUCAGAUCGUUUUUAAUUCUCGAUAAAAAUGCCCCUCCAUUUGACGUGAGCAAUCCUUUCUACAAAGAGGAAUUGUCCAAGGAUUUGGCAGUUAAUGUUUAUAAGGACGGAAAGUGGGGUAGCUAUAGACAUCUGCUGCUGAAAGAAAACUCACUUGUCGAGGCACACCACAGUUAUGUCAACCUGUUGACCCGAGGAGAUCUGUCCAGUUUGGCAUGGUUGGAAGGAAACAUCAGAUUGGACCAGUUGUCACUCUCAAAGGAUGAAGAGCUUGUCACAAUAUAUUAUUCAGCGUUGAAUUUCCGUGAUAUCAUGACUGCGACUGGACGUCUAGCUCCUGAAGUGGUUGCUCGAGGAAGAAUGAAUCAGGAUUGCAUACAAGGUUUGGAGUACUCGGGAAGAGACGCAAGUGGUAAACGAGUUAUGGGAAUGGUUGCAAGCAAGGCAAUGUCAUCCAUGCUGGUGGCUGAUCGUAAUUUGCUUUGGGAGAUUCCAGACUCUUGGACGUUGGAAGAUGCCGCCACAGUGCCAGUUGUCUAUGGAACCGUUAUCUUCGCUCUGGUGAUGGCCGGACGUAUGAGCAAGGGUGACAGCGUGCUGAUUCAUGCAGGCAGUGGUGGUGUAGGUCAGGCAGCGAUCAACGUGGCGCUUCAGGCUGGAUGUGUGGUGUUCACAACUGUUGGAACUCAACAGAAACGCCAAUUCAUCAGACAAACGUUCCCUCAGAUUCCAGAAAGUCAUAUUGGCAACUCAAGAAACACCUCUUUCGAAGAGAUGGUGAUGCGGGAGACUAACGGUCGAGGUGUUGAUAUGGUUCUGAAUUCCUUGUCCGAGGAGAAACUGCAAGCAUCAGUGCGCUGCUUGGCCAAGGGAGGACGCUUCCUAGAAAUUGGAAAAUUCGAUCUUGCUAACAACAAUCCCCUUGGCAUGGAAAUAUUUUUGAGAGAAACCAGUUUUCACGGAAUUAUGUUGGAUAAUCUAUUUUUCGCUCCGAAAGAAUUAAAGGAAGAGAUGCAAAAGUACCUACUUGACGGAAUCAAAACUGGAGCUGUGAAACCACUUAGUAGAACAGUCUUCCCUGCUGAUCAAGUCGAACCGGCUUUCAGAUUCAUGGCAGCAGGAAAACAUAUUGGUAAAGUUCUUUUGCAAAUAAGAGAAGAAGAAUCACAAAAGGUUGUGAGGUCUAGUAUCCAGAAAUCGAUGGCCAGGCCGCAUUUCUAUUGUAACUCGAAAGGAUCCUACAUUGUUCUUGGAGGACUCGGGGGUUUUGGUUUGGAGCUAGCUGAUUGGCUUGUACUACGUGGCGCUAAGAAUAUCAUUCUUACAUCAAGAAAAGGUGUUCGUACUGGCUACCAAGCGAUGAGAAUCAGAAUUUGGCAGACGUAUGGAGUAAAAGUGUUCAUUUCAACACAAGAUGUCACCACUCGGCAAGGUGUUCAAGGACUUAUUGAAGAAGCAAAUCGACUUGGCCCUGUUAUUGGAAUUUUUAAUCUAGCUGUGGUUUUGAAAGAUGGUUUGUUUGAAAACCAAACUGAAGCCGACUUCAUAGAAUCAUUCGGACCAAAGGCGACCGCCACAAAAUACCUGGAUGAAAUUACACGGAGACUCUGCCCUAAUUUGGAACAAUUUGUGAUCUUCUCAAGUGUUAGCUGCGGCAGGGGUAACCCGGGACAGACAAACUACGGAAUGGCUAAUUCUAUAAUGGAAAGGAUCUGCGAGGCACGCCGAAGAGACAAUCUUCCUGGUCUGUCAAUUCAAUGGGGAGCUGUUGGAGAUGUUGGAUUAGUCGCUGAAAUGCAGGAGGAUAACAUGGAGCUUGUCAUACUUGGAACUCUGCAGCAAGGAAUAAGUAACUGUUUGGAACUCAUGGACACCUUCCUCAAAGGAUCAAGUACAAUUGUUUCCAGUAUUAUAGUUGCCGAGAAACGUACUACCGGUGGUAUAGCGGGAAAUAUUAUUGACACCGUCGCUAAUAUCCUAGGUUUAAGAGAUCUGAAAACAAUCAGUUUGCAUUCGACGCUGGCUGAAUUGGGAAUGGACUCUAUGAUGGCUGUCGAAAUCAAACAAACGCUUGAACGAGAGUUUGAAGUUUUCCUCACUCCACAAGAUAUCAGAGGAAUGACGUUCUCCAAAUUGAAAGAGAUUGCCGCUCAAGAGAGCUCCGGAAAAGGUGGUUUGAAUGCAGAAAUCAAGGGUGAAUUGAUGCCUCAACAAGGAAUUUCCCAUCUCAUCCGAGUAAUUGGUGAUGAACUGACAGCUGCUCUACCAGUUGUGAGAUUGCCCUCACUAAUUGGUGAUGGAUCAGUCAUAGAGGAAUAUGGAGGAUCCCAUUCAACCUGUUUCUUGAUUCCAGGAGUUGAGGGUGUUGCAUCUGUCCUCGAGCCUUUGGCCGCGCAUUUAUCGGUGCAAGCUCUCUGUCUACAGUUCAACUACGAAAUACCAUUUGAAACGGUGGAAGAUCUCGCUCAAUCACUGUUGCCUCAUGUGUUGAAGCGGCUAAGGCCUGAAGACUCGUUCAAUCUCGUUGGCUACUCUUUUGGAGGUCUAAUCGCCAUGGAAUUGGUUUCUCUCCUGGAAAAGAGAGGUAUCCAUGGGAAAACAGUGCUCAUUGACAGUUCACCCGACUUCCUCAAAAUGAUAACCGAGGAGUCAUUCCUACACGAUCUCUCAGAAACCAACAUCCAGGUUCAGCUGCUUUUGAGAUUCAUUGCAUUGGUCUGGCCACAGGAUACACAAGAGAUUGAAGAGACGCUGAGAAAUCUUCCAGACUGGAAGACAAGGCUAAACAAUUUGAUUGACAGCGCUCCCGAUCACACAAAAUACAGCAAACGUUACCAAAAACUGAUCAUGAACGCUGCUUAUCACCGCGUCAAGUCUGUGCUGAAAUACAACGGACAACACAAUUCACUGUCCUCACCAACAACACUUAUCAGGCCAUCCGAAGUCGCUAUGCACACAGAGGAAGACUAUGGACUUUCCAAGUAUACGAAAGAGCCUGUUAGCGUAAUUUUUGUGGAAGGAAAUCAUUUCACUGUACUAGAAAAUAAGAAAACAGCUGACAUAAUCAAUAAGGUUACUGGAGCAGAGGACACGUCGACCUUUAAAAAAUCAAUCAUGUCAACACCAACUGGCCACAUUCAGCACAUACGUGAAAUGGUAAAACAUAAGUAGAGUAAAAUAUUGGUCAAGUUCAUUACUGUUAGUUUCUGUGAGAUCCGAAUUAUUGUAAUUGCACCUAGAAUAAAUUAAUUGUCUAUAAAAU